UCACGACUUGCUUGUAUGAGGAAACAAACACCCUGCUGAAGAUAUUGGCGGGACGGAGCAAUCAGUCCUCACAUUACAAUAAAUCACAGUUCGAUGGAGACAAAAGUAGUCAAGGAAGCCUAUGACAACGCAGGAAGUGAUGUCACUAAUGAAAAGUCCCAGUCCCCCGGAACUACCUCCUCUACAAACAUGCAAAUAUGCGAGCCUAACGACAAGGGCGUGACGUCACUUACAAGCUCUACGGCCACCGUAGGCAGGGACAGGUUUGAUUUUUUACCAGACGAGGUAUACGAAACCAGUAUGGUCACUCUGCAGUCGAGAAAAAUGCGUCAAAUGUCCGUCUUUCUGGUGUUUUUCGUGGUUAUUUCAUUAGUGAUGACAAGUCUCUUUAUCUGGCGAACUGUUUUCUUUGAUAAACUACAAGCCACUGAAAAGUGCAACGGCAAAUCCUGCAACACGGCUGAGACCAAGAAACCCGAGCCAAGACCGUGUCGACGCCAUGGCAGGCCAAAGCAAUUCCAAGAGCUACCGCAAACGAUUGUGGACAAACUUAAAUUUAUCAAGGAGACGCUGGAAAAUAAUACGGUAUCGUCUCUCGCCAAUGUUGUUUACAUGGAUAAAGAGAUCUGGAGAAGUUUUCAUGGUAAAAUUGAUCCAGACGAAGAAAACGGUCGAAGUAUUGAUGAACAUAGCCUGUAUCCUGUUGCUAGUGUCAAUAAASUACUAACGUCUCUGAUGACAUUCAAGAUGUACAAAGAUCGAAAAAUUGACACAUUGGAUGAUGCUUUUUCUGAUUACGAGCCCGAUUUUAAAAUCAAAAAGAAGUUUAAAUCAGAGCGUAAAAUUGUUAUAAGGCAGCUGUUAUCACACAUGUCGGGACUACCAAGAGAGGCACCUUGCUAUCCAGACACCGAAACUAAUAUUUGUCCGUAUAACAGAACUGAGAUGUUAGACAGAAUAGCAAAGAUGUACCUUAUAUCAAAGCCAGGUCAAAAGCCCUCUUAUAGUAACGUGGGGUUUGGUCUCCUUGGUCAAAGCCUUCCUCUUAUGUACAACAAUAAAACCUAUGAAGAUUGGAUGACAGAAUACCUUUUUAAACCUCUUGGCAUGAACGACUCAGUUUUUAACCCAUUAUUUAGCAAUCGGACGGAUGUCGUUAUUGGUAAAGAUAUAUUUGGUGCAAGAAUGGAACCAAAGUCAUGGGGCUGGUUAAAUCCAACAGGAGGUGUUUUCACGUCCACAUCUGACUUAGCACAGAUGUGGAUCCAUCUUUUCAAAUCGUUAGACAAGGAAGACUAUUUGUCACCAGUAUACACAAACGAAUUCUUUGCACCCGCCUAUCUAUUUCCCGGUGAAGAAACAAUUCAGCUUGUCGGGUCACCAUUUGAGAUGAUCUUGAACAAUGGCUAUGUAGUACGAUUCAAGAAUGGUCAAAUAUAUGGUUACCAUGCAAAUGUCUAUGCAGUCCCAGAAUUGAAACUAGCUUUUAACGUCUUAAACAUUGGAAGACCUAUUCCUACGUUUGCUUUGUUUGACGGCCUACUUACAGCUUUCAAUAAGGUUCUCAAUGGAAAUAAGACAAAGAUCAAACUUCCAAAACAUCCACAUGCCUUCGUUGGUACAUACGAACCUGAAUUUGAAAACAUGAGUGCUCCUGGUAUCAGUGAAGUGAAAGUUAAACAAGUACACGAAGAACUCCGAAUGAUCAUUAAACACUACAAAAACUUUAUGUCCGUUCCCUUAAAUUUUCUUUACAAUAACACGUUUGAAAUAUGGGAUCGUGAAGAUAGAAAUUGUUUAAAUCUUUUCUUGAGAGGGCUGGACUCAGAAAAGGUGUACUUCGACGAUAUAUCUAAUAACACAGAAUAUCGAUCCAAUGGAUUUAAGUUGCUUGGAAUUCAUCCUCGAGGAUGGACGUACUUUAGAAGGAUAAAUUAAGACCUGAAAUAUACAUCAAAAAGCUUCUGCUGUAAAUAUUUUUGAUGUCAAGAGAAAUGGGUCUUUCUCUGGAUAAUGUCAGUCAAGUUUAUAUACCUCCACUCCAUGGUGAAUUCAUUCUAGUUUACCAAUUCGUUCGAUCAAAUAGACGAAAGUCUUCAUGUUUUCAUAACAUUUUCUCUUGACGUGAAACAACAAGAGCUGCUGGAGACCUGGAAUAUAACGACGUAGAAAAACAGCUUAUAUGGAAUUGAAUCGUACUAACUGCCAAUAAACUGGAAGAAUUAUUUGGUGCAUGGAGAAAUCGAUCUGCACGCUAUUGAAAGUUCGCCCAUGCAGGUUCUUAUACAAAUUAAGAUUCAACCGCUUUAAACAGGGCAUUASUUCACUAUCAUCAAAUGUUACUGAUUGUAGUUUAACUAGGUAUAUUUACUACUAUGGGACCAAUAUCGCUGGACAAUGCUCUUUUUUUAGAGUUCCCAGCACCAUUUUGGAAAAAGUCAAAUGAAAUAGUUGUGAGGUUUCUACCUCUAGCUGCAAACUAAUCGACUAUCAACUCAUUUUAGCACGGACGACACGACUAUCUGGCGCUGGAAACCGUAAUAAAAGAGACCUUCUUGGACUGGCUGUUUUCAAGCAAUAAUCAAAAUUUUAGAACACUUAGAGAAUGCAAGGGUGGUGACAUUGAUCGGUAACGCCCAUUUUCACUGGUGAAGAAAGUGCUUACUCUCGAGUAAGAAUUUACGAAACUCUGGAGGCGACUGAGGAAGCAUGAAAGAAUACCGUUCCGCUUCGUUCAACACUCUUUCUUCAUCUACGCUAACUUUUUUGAAAAUCAUGUUUCAUGGAGACUAUUCUAAGUAACAAUGUGCAUUCUAAAAGUAUUAAUGCAAUAAUUAUCAUUCUCAAUGUUGAUACCAGUAUUAUGCUAUAGUGAAAAGUUUUUAAUAUGAAAUAUCCUCUUUUUCACAUAGCAUAACUGAACAUACCUUACAGAUAAGGUGAUCGUUGUAGGUGUAGAAGGUAGGGGAUCUAUGUGAGAUCUGAAUGGGAAUCAUUUGAUAGUCUGUACAUAGUUCAUUUAGCUUUACCAGGGGCGCAAACAAUGCUUGGGUUGAAGUUAGAUAAAUCGAAGUGAUAAUCGUUUGUUUUGGUUGGCGUGUUUUUUUGUUCGCUUUUUCACAAWAACAAACAAAAAUUAGUUAUUGUUUAUUAGAAAACCUAACGUUUCCUUUUCCAUAACGCACUUUGUACAACACAGCUUGUAUUAAGUAACCAACCACAUAUUCCUUUUUUUUAUCGCCGUAGACGAUAGCCUUUUCAUUUGGUUACAGAGUAGACAGAAAGCACUUGUUUGUGUUAKAUGACUUACAGGUGUAACUAGUGUAUUAUAUUAUACAUUUAACUCGUGCGCAGACGUAGACAUCUGGUGUCAUUUCUUUUUUUCUUACAGAUUUGUGCCUUCUUCAAUAUCACAUACAAUAAGUAUUCUGCCGAAAACCCAAAAAUGCUUUUUGCAAACUGAUGCUCCGGUUUUGGGGCGGUCGGGAUGAUUAUAUGAAUCAAAGAGUAAUUUAUAUUAUGUGAAUCGCACAUGUAUCUAUUCAGGCAUGAUAUCCAGAUAUUAUAACUUAAUAUUAGCGAGAACAUGUAACKUGAUGCUUAAAGCUGUGUUUCCUUUGCAGAUAUUUUUUCAUGGGUUACGUGUCGAGUCUUUCUCAGUGUAGUUUAUCACAUAUUAAUAUUUUAGAUAGCGGUAAUAUUUUGUAUAUAUUUUGUGAUUUAGCUUUUUCUCUUAUUCAGGAAUUGAUUAAAGUGUUCACUUUUCUUUGAUUGA